AUGAAUGAAUUGUUUUCAGAUGACAGCGACGAACACAGCCACGAAAGCGACUCAUCAUCGUCAUCAUCCUCAUCCGAAGAAUCCUCCGAAGAAUAUCAUCAUCACUCUCAACAUUAUGAGAGCCAUCCAGUGCAUGUUGUACAUGGUGUCUCAAAUGGAGGAGGAUCAGACCCUAACAAUAAUAAUAACAAUAAUAAUAAUCUGCAGCCAGUAAAUAAUUACUUCGGUUAUCAUGGCAAUUACGACCACCACGACGAUUAUUGGCAUCACAAUAGAUGGGACGGGGGACCAAAUUGGGGCUAUGGAGGCUGGGGCAAUGGAGGCUGGGGCAAUGGAGGCUGGAGCAAUGGAGGCUGGAGCAAUGGAGGCUGGGGCAAUGGAGGUUUUGGCCCCAUUUUCUUUGACAUUAGCGGCGGCGGAGGAGGAGGCGGUGGAGGAGGAGGCGGCGGCGGGGGAGGAGGCGGCGGAGGAGGAGGCGGUGGAACGCCACCAGGACCACCACAGCCACUAGGCCCACCAGGCCCACCAGGGCCACCAGGACCACCACGGCCGCCAGGCCCACCAGGACCACCACAGCCGCCAGGACCACCACGACCACCAGGACCACCAGGUUCUAGAGGAGGUGGAGCAGGAAGUGGUGAAGCAGGAGGCUUCACAACUGAUGGACUUUCGAUUACAUUUCCACUGAGCAGCGUAACCUUUAAUACAGUGACGCAGACGUAUACAUACACUUUGCCUGGUCUUGGCACAAUUACUGUUGACCGAAAUGGUAACAUUGUAAAUGAUGGUUCUGGAUACGGCACAACAAGCACCAACACCGCCUCAAGUCCAGAAGUUUUCAAUUCGUUUAGGAUGGACGGGCCACAACCGCACAAAUUCACUAGUGAUCAAAUUCCAUACAUUGGAGUCCCAGCUUCGUAUCAAAAUGGUUCACCAUUAACGGUCGCAAUAGCUCCUGCCGUACAAAACGUUCCAGCUUACUACUAUCCAGCUUCCAGAGCAGAGCUUCCGAAAACUAACAAGAAAAAGAAAUCGUCAAGCAGAGGAAGCAGUUCGAAGAAGUCAGGAAGCAGUUCACGCGGAUCGAACGACUCACGUCCACAAAUGAUUCCACCAUCGUAUUACAAUUCAAUGAAACAACAAAGUAAAACAUUCUUUUCACCAAAUCAAGCCACCCCUGAAUACCUCGAUGCAUAUUUCAGUUAUUUAAAUUCAUACGCAUCGAAUCAGGCCAAUUUUAACGAUCCAAGUGCAUACGGCAUACAAUACAACGGUUUUGCAUCUCAAUAA